GUCCAGGGAAGCGACGGCUUUGGACAGAACCAUUCUCAGAGAAUGGAGGAGGCGCGGGAGAUCUUCACCGUGAACCCGAUCCCGCAGAGCCAACUGGGAACUCGUUCGUCUCUUUCUUUCCUCUUUUAAAUAUGUUGUUUCAUGUCCCAUCACCAUUGCCGCUCUCUCUGUCACGAUCCUGAGUCCUCAGUACCGCCACUUGAUCUUCGGUCACCCCCAGCAACACGCGUGGUACAGCCCAGUGGAGCCCGCUCCGGCACAGGUUAUAAAGGCUCGGCUGCGGCAGCCCACUGCGGAGUCAAGAUGCGCCCGAAGGAACAGGUGCAAAACAGUGCGGGGGAAGGGACGGGGUCCGGGGACUCAGCAGCGGGCACCCCCGCGACCCAGCCUGCGGCCAGUCCGACCCCAGAGCCCUCGGCGGAGCCCAAAGCUGCUCCGGCGCAGGGAACCGGGUCCGGACAGCGAGCUCCGGGAUCCCGAGUCAAGACGGGAAGCUUUUGUCGGUCCAUGAUCGUCGGCAAUUCGGACGCCCCAUGGACCCGCUACGUAUUCCAGGGGCCUUAUGGUCCCCGGGCCAGUGGCCUGGGCUCUGGGAAGGCCGAGGGGAUCUGGAAGACGCCAGCCGCGUACAUCGGCAGGAGGCCCUGCGUGUCCGGCCCUGAGCGCGCGGCGUUUAUUCGAGAGCUGCAGGAAGCACUGUGUCCUAACCCACCUCCCACAAAGAAGAUCACCGAAGAUGAUAUCAAAGUGAUGCUGUAUUUGCUGGAAGAGAAAGAACGGGACCUGAACACAGCCGCUCGCAUCGGCCAGUCCCUGGUGAAACAGAACAGUGUUUUGAUGGAGGAGAAUAACAAGCUGGAAACCAUGUUGGGCUCAGCCAGGGAGGAGAUCUUACAUCUCCGGAAGCAGGUAAACCUGCGAGAUGACCUCCUUCAGCUCUACUCGGACUCCGAUGAGGAUGAUGAGGAGGAUGAAGAGGAAGAAGAGGAGGAGGAGGAGGAAGGGGAGGAACACGAAGGACAGUGGGAUCAAGAUCAGCAGCAUGAUCAUCCUUACGGUGCCCCCAAGCCGCCCCCUAAGGUGGAGACAGAGCAUAGCUGCCCACAGCUGGAAGCCCUGCAGCAGAAGCUGAGGCUCUUGGAGGAAGAGAAUGACCACCUUCGAGAGGAGGCCUCUCACCUUGACAACUUGGAAGACGAGGAGCAGAUGCUCAUUCUGGAAUGCGUGGAGCAGUUCUCUGAAGCCAGCCAGCAGAUGGCAGAGCUAUCGGAGGUGCUGGUGCUGAGGCUGGAGGGCUAUGAGCGGCAGCAGAAGGAGAUCACCCAGCUGCAGGCCGAGAUCACCAAGCUACAACAGCGUUGUCAGUCGUAUGGAGCCCAGACAGAGAAACUGCAGCAGCAGCUGGCUUCGGAGAGGGGAGUCCACUCAGAGAGCCUUCGAGAGGGCUCCUACAUGCAGGAUGAUGGGAGCAGGUUUCGUGAGCGCCACGAGGAUGGGAAGAGCUACCGCCAUCGCUCGUCGAUGCCUUCGGGUUCUGUCUCCCACUACGGAUAUAGCGUGCCUCUGGAUGCACUUCCGAGUUUCCCAGAGACGCUGGCUGAGGAGCUCCGAACGUCCCUAAGGAAGAUCAUCACUGACCCUGCAUAUUUCAUGGAGAGAUGUGACAUCCACUGCAAAGGGGAGCGAGGACAGGAGCAGGGGGCAGUGCCGCCAUCUGCAGCGCUACAGGAUCCCAAGCCACCUGAAGAUUUCGAAGCUCCAGAGGAGCUGGUGCCUGAGGAGGAGCUGGGGGCCAUAGAAGAGGUGGGGACCGUCGAGGAAGGGCUGGCAGAAGAGGCAGAGCAGGCGUCUGAGGAGACCGAGGCCUGGGAGGAGGUGGAACCGGAGCUGGAUGAAGUCACGAGGAUGAAUGUGGUGGUGUCUGCCCUGGAGGCCAGUGGCCUGGGCCCUUCCCACCUGGACAUGAAGUAUGUCCUCCAGCAGCUGUCCAACUGGCAGGAUGCCCACUCUAAGCGGCAGCAGAAGCCGAAGGCGGUCCCUAAAGGUGAGUGCUCCCGCAGAGGACACCCUCCUGCCAGUGGGACCAGCUUCCGGCCGUCAACCUUGUGAGAGGUGAGGGUAUGUGAGCCCCCCAAAUGCUCACCUCAUCUGGUCCUGCUCAUUGUGCUGAUUUGCAUGAACUUUGCAUACUAUUUACAUAGGCGCCUCCAGUCCCCCUUGGUAGAACUGUUGCCUCAGUGCUCAUUUAGGCAGAAUGUGCUUACGUCAGUUGUCCGUCCACCUUCUUCCUGGGGGCUGCACUGGGGAUCAGGGCUGGACUUACACGCCCUCUUUGUACCUCAACUUUCUAUCUCUGCCCACCCUUUCCCUAUCCUUCACACCUCAUAAGACUCCUCAGCUUUGCAGCAAACAAUGGGGGGAGGGGAAGGACCUUGGAGCAGCAUCCCAGGGUGCUGAUCCAGGACUCUCAGAGGCUAGAGGAAGACAGGCCCACUCACUCUCCCAGUGCCAGGGAGGAACAGAGACCUUCUGGGGCCACCUAGGCCUGGGAUGAAGGCCUUUCUAUCAGCAAGGGCCACCCACAGUUGGACCAGUCGAUCCCUCCGGUCCCCGCCCCCUGUGAAUGAGGGGCUCCUGCAGGGUGGUGGAAUGGGUCAGGGGCUCCUUUGCUUAUCUAGAAGCCUUGGAUUUUGGGAGUUACAUGCUCUGAGGGCAGGUCUUUUAGUCCCUGCCUAUGAGGAGCUGUCAGCAAGUUCAGAUGUUUUAACCCUGGAUCUUUUCCUUGCUAUGGUUCCUUCCAUCCUCACACCCCUGUGGGUAGGUAGAUAAGACUGUGCACCGUUUAUUAGAAGAGGAACCUGAAGUCCAGAGAGCUGAGCUGAUUUGUCCAAAGUCACACAGUGAGACCUGGUCUGGUCUCACUGCGGCGCACAGCUCCUGCACUCCACCUGGAGUUUGUAAUUUAUUGGCAGCCUCCCUUCACAUCUGGCCUGCCCCCCCCCCCCCCUCUCUCUCUCUCUCUCUCUCUCUCUCUCUCUCUCUCUCGGCACCAGUGGGUGGAAUAUCAUUGGCUGCAGCACAGUAAGUGUGUGCAGGUUGUAAAGGAGUCAGCACUUCUGUGACUGACAAUGGGAGACCUCAGUGGCGGUCUUCGGUUUCCUCCUGACACAGACCACUGGGUCUGAGGUGGGUCAGGCUCCUGGCUCACAUCCGCCAGCUUCUCUUCCAGGCUCUGCUGCUUCCCAACAGCCUGCAGGGGCCCCAGAGACAGCUUGAGACCCUUCCUUCUGCUGCCUGGCCAAGUCCCACCCUUCCUAUCGUUCCUCUGGAACAGGACCUCAUGUCUGCAGCAGGCCUUUCUCGGUCCUGAUAGACCUGGGCCCAAGCUUCCACCCUCCUCCAGGACAGUCUGAAAGAACCCCAGUUCCUCAUUCUGAAACUGGUGCCAAAGCUGUGGCUACUGGGGCCCAGGGGUGGAAGCAACCUGUGUGCAGACUGGCUGGCUACCAGACCCAGCUCUGAGAUGGAUUGUGAGUGGUCGGGGUGGGGGCCCAGGUCCCUAGGGUAGGUGGUUAUUAGGAGGGCCCUCUCUACCCCUUGAACCACUCACAUAAAGGGACCUCCCCAGUCCUGGUUGGCUUUUGGAACCUGGCUCUUUUGGCUGUCCUUCGUCCUUCUCCUGUUUCUAUUACUGUGUGUAACGUGAAGUGUAUCUGCUCCCUCCGCCCAGUGGUGUGUCAGUCUCCUGUGGCCUGUGAGUUUCCCUCUGGGGCUCCGCCCUUUCUCACAUCUCUGCUCUACAUAGCUGCGGCCUCAGUGCCUGCCCUGCUCCUGCAGUGCUUCGUAGUCUUGUAGUUGUCCGCCUUUGUAUUGAUGUAUGUGCCAAUGUGGAAAUAAAGAA